UGAGGGGAGUUAUUUUUCUCGGAGGCAAGAUGGCUGCGUCAGUGGCUGGGGCUGCCCCACUGGGCAAGGGGUUGGACAUCAGCUUGGCGGCUCUCCAGCGGCACGACCCCUACAUCAGCAGCAUCUUGGACGUGGCCAGCCAGGUGGCGCUCUACACUUUCGGGCAUCGCGCCAAUGAGUGGGAGAAGACUGAUGUGGAAGGAACACUAUUUGUAUAUACAAGAUCAGCUUCGCCCAAGUAUGGAUUUACCAUUAUGAAUAGGCUGAGCAUGGAAAAUCGGACAGAACCCAUAACAAAAGAUCUGGAUUUCCAGUUGCAGGAUCCUUUUCUACUCUACAGAAAUGCUAGAUUGUCCAUUUAUGGAAUUUGGUUUUACGAUAAGGAAGAAUGCCAAAGAAUUGCAGAGCUGAUGAAAAAUUUAACUCAGCACGAACAACUGAAAGCACAACAAGGAUCUGGCAUAGGAAUUUCACCAGUCAGCCUCAGCUCUGGUGACAGGAAAGACAUGGAUAUCUUACAGAUGCUCACCAGAGCCAAAGAUGAAUACACAAAGUGUAAAACAUGUUCCGAGCCAAAACAAAUGACCAGUUCUUCUGCUCUAUACCACAAUCCCAAUUUGAUCAAACCAAUCCCUCUGAAGCCCAGGGAAAGCCAGAAAGUCCAGAACACAGAUUCUGAGCCACAGCACCUAUCCCUUAUGACUCUCUUUGGAAAGCAGGAAAAAUCAAGUCUAUACCAAAAUGUCUCAGGGCCAUCUCAGAAACUCCACCAAGACAUUUUUCCUCUGAGACAAGGAGUUGUGCGCACUUUCUCAUACGAGGAGCCUGGAAGACACUCGCCCACAGCAGAAAAGCAGCUCUGCCCGGCCAUUCAAAAACUGAUGGUGCGUGGACCAGAGCUUCACCCAGUCUCAGAACUCCCAGAGAGCCGCCUCUGCGAGAAUGGCAGCCAACCUUCUUCCGUAGGAGAAGCUUUCACUGGGCUCUUCCAGCCUGUGACUUCACAGAGCGUUGGGAGUUCUCAUCCUGCCCAGAACACCGUGUGCGCGAGGAGCCUGCUCCAGCAGUUGCAAGGCCAGUCUGAACAGAGGACUAAAGUGGAAGCUAACAGCAUAGGACUAGCAAAUUCAACUGCUCCAGGCUUCAACAGGACUCCAGCCAUCUCCUCGAUGGCCCAGGUAAACAGUGUAAUACAGCCACCCAUGAUGUACUUCAAUGGUUCCCUACCAAGCCCAGCUCUUGGUAAAGAACAAUCCAAACCUGCUAAGCAGUCGCAUCCUCUUCCUGGGAAUCACCCUGGAAAUUCUGGCAUAAUUUCACCUCAGGAGUUGUUGAAGAAACUGCAGAUAGUGCAGCAGGAACAACAGCUGCACAUAGCCAGUCGGCCAACCUUAGCUGCUAAGUUUCCUGUAGUUACUCAGGCCUCCACCACUCUGAAACCUUUGGAUUCUUGGAUGGACAAGGCUUCAGCGACAGAAAAGCAACCCCCACUUCUUCAGAUCAUCUCCCCGCAGCGGAUUCCUGCUACUAUAGCUCCAUCACAGCUGAUGUCCCCAAUGGUAUUUAGUCAGAGUGCCCCACAGCUGCCAAAACCAAGUGAAAGUGGAUGGCUGCCCGUCAUGAAUCAAGAAAGUACUUCUGGAUCAGCAAACCUUCUUCUGCCUCUACAGAACUCAGAAGCAAUCAUCCCAAAGAGCAGCCCACUAACCAAGUUACAGCUACAAGAAACGCUUCUGCAUCUGAUCCAGAAUGACGACAACUUUCUAAACGUCAUCUAUGAUGCUUAUCUUGGCAGCAUGAGAAAAGCAGCGCUGAAAAAGCCUACCUGAAGCAUAAUGUUUUAAUUAAAUGUAGCCUGAUUUUCAAGUUUGGAACAGCAACACAACGGAAGAGGGUUUUUAAUCUUUCGCAAGACUUUAAAUUAUCUUCACUGGAAGCAUACCUUGUUCUAAGAAAUUAGUAAAUGGGAUUAAUAGUGCCUUCCUGAUUGCAGUGUGAAAAUAACAUCAAAAUAACUUAUACUAUGGUUCCUUAAAAAAAAAAGUGUAGAUUCCGCAAAAGCCGCCCCUUUCAUUAAAAUAACAAAAGCAGCAGAAUGUUGUGUGGAAGCUCCUCCCUUUUCAUGCGUGCAUAUAUCAUGAUGUGUGUACUCAAGGCAUGGAGCUUGCAUUGCAUCAGGGCAGUCCCGCUUUCUUGUCCUUUGCUUUCUACCUGAUGCCACUGCAUUAGCGGUAGGCUGCCUUGUAUAAAUAGGAUGGCUUUGGUUUUUCCAGAUUUUGUGGGUUUUUAAAUAUAUAAUGGCUAUUAUGUGGGUGCUGAAAGGCCCUUCAUACUUCAAAACUUAUUCAGAGAAGGUUUCAAACUUGAUAUGAACACAGAAUCUACUUGCUAUUUGUUAAAGACAUUUCAUUAUUUUCCCAGGCUUCUGCAAGGAAAAAAAUAAAAGGAUAAUGUGAAACCACUCCUCAGCUCUUAAAGCAGCAGCACCUUUUUUCUGGUGGGGGCAGAAGUCUGAAAAAAGUGGGGAUGCUCAAUUAAUAUAGAGUUGCUGGGUGGCACAAGGUCUGAAGGCUUCUUCUGAAUUCUUUUUGCUAGAGUCAAAAGUUUUUCUCCUUUGAACUAUAUAGAAAGAAUAAAUAUUGAAUAAAUAUUUAUUGGCCACCAGGUGGCAGAAUAGGUCUGUUGUUUUGUUAUAUCCACUAUUAAACGGGAGUAUGAGAGAGCUGCGAUUUUAUUUUCUAUCAACUGAACUACAAGCAAGUUGUUCAGAAACCAACAAAGCGUACUUGAUCCUAGAUGAUUUCUUGAAGGUAGGGCUACCAUAUAUGGGCUGCACAAAUCUGGAGGGCAGCAAGCCAUUUCAUAAAACUUUAACGCUUGGAUAACAUCUAGCAAUUAUUUGGAUUUUUGUGCACCAGAUCUGUUAUCUCCAAUAAAGAUAAUGAGUGCACAUAGUACAGCCACCUUGUUAACACGUUUGAAGAUCUCUAGACUAAACUCUAAGCAAUUAUUUUUGUCAUCUUGCUUCAGUGUUUCAGAAACACAUUAUUUGGCCUUCUCCCCUGGAUAAUGACUUUCGUGUUUUUAAAAUGGCAUUCAUAUCAUGAGUUGUGGCAACAGAGAGAAGAUUUAGGGCUAUCAGAUCCAGGCAUCAGGAAAGAGGUACAGAAAACUUUAACUGGAUUUUUCAGUCCUGAUCUGAUAGCCAUACCAAGAUUAGGGUAAGGUUUAUUAGUGUAGUAAACGUAUAUGCCAUGAUUCCAAGAGGCCAUAGAUAUUUAUGUCUGUUCUAUGUUCUAUGAGAUCUCACCAGUUCUAAAGAAUCUGAAAGACAGAAUCAGUUAAGAGAAGUACAAAAUUCCUAUUUAAACUAUGGGUUUUGUUAAAGACACCAUUUGGAUUAUGUCAACUGCAGUGAAGCCCACAUUUAUCCACAAAUUAUGAAAGGCGUAAGAUUGUUCUCUUUUUUUUAAAAAAAGAAAAAGAAAUUGUAAGUAGGUCUUUUAUAUUUUAUAAUGAUUAUAAAAUUAUAACUCUUCAAAAAUAAACUUUUGUUUCCACUAUUCCUACCCUGUGAUGUAUAAAACUAUUGCCUUCCACUUGCAUUAAAUUAUAACGCCCAAACUUCCCAGCCUGUAUGGCAGAGGUGGGGAACCACUUGACCUUAAUUCCCAGAAUUCCUGAACCAGUCAGUCUGGGAGUUGACUGUCCGCAAGUCAUAAAAAGAAUGUAAAGGUUGUAACAAAUACGUCCAGAGGAACUGUGGGAAAGACUGAUGUAGAAACAGGCCAACACCUGUCGGAAAUUCUUUUAAGGGAGGGCUGUAUUGUUUUAAAUUAUUAAAACCAGGACAAAGAAUGAAUAGUUUCAUUUUUAUUGUAUUGUUCCAUGAACAGAUGGGCAAUGGUUUGGUGGAUCUAUUUGUAAAGAAAAUAAAAUGAAGAACAAAUA